UUCCAUUGGAAAUUAGAAAAAUAGCCUUGUUGAGGGAAAUUCCAACGCGAGGAUUCAUUUCACACUUCUUCUUUCACUUCCAUCAUCUCUCUCAAUCUCGACUAUAUGCUUCAAGACUUUUGGGAUUUUCAAUAACAGAUAUCGAAACGAGGAUAAUGAGGUUCCGCUGGGAACAAGUUCAGAAUGUCAUUGGGUCUGCCGGUGGCGGCGACGGUGCACUGCGCCGAUGAGGCUGGUGUGAAGAACCUGUACAUCAUUUCUAUGAAAGGGAUCAAGGGAAGGCUUAACAGGUUGCCUUCAGCUUGUGUUGGAGAUAUGGUAAUGGCUACCUUGAAGAAGGGUAAGCCAAAUCUCAAGAAGAAGAUUAUGCCUGCUUUCUUUGUUCGUCAGCGCACGACAAUGUUAGUUUCCCUUUUCCCUUACAUCACUAAACAAGGUUCAUUUGAGUUCGAGGUCACCAGUGAAGUCGGUUGUGGUGGAAUAACUUAUUUCAACUCAUCAUUGUCUUAUUCGUUGCUCAUAAUGAGAAAUUUCAAGGAAAUUGAGGUCAAGUAUAGACUUCAACAUACUCGACUUUUGGAUUGAUGAUUUCAUAAAGAUUUAUUGCGAAUUUUCUGGAGAUUUUUAAUUCCAUUUGAAUUAGGAGUUAAUUAGUUGAUUUUAUGUUGAGAUUAUUACAUUUAGUUAGAUCUCAAUUUUACUUGUGAUAGAAGAGAUAAUUUAUUUUGAAAUUAUUUACUUAUUACUACUUAUUUCUUUGAUUAUAGUAUAAGUAA